AUGGGGAGGGGGCGCAGCGAGAUAAAGAGGAUCGAGAACCCCACGCAGCGGCAGUCCACCUUCUACAAGCGCAGGGACGGCCUCUUCAAGAAGGCCAGGGAGCUCGCCGUCCUGUGCGACGCCGACCUCCUCCUCCUCCUCUUCUCCGCCUCCGGCAAGCUCUACCACUAUCUCGCGCCCACCGUCCCCUCUGUUAAGGAGUUUGUCGAGAGGUACGAAGCCGCGACGCAGACCAAAGUUUGGUGUGAUAUCCGCCAGGAGAGGCGCGCCGAGCUGGAGAACGUUGGCAAGAUGUGCGACCUCCUGGAGAAGGAGCUGAGGUUCAUGACGGUGGACGAUGGGGAGCAGUACACGGUGCCGUCGCUGGCGGCGCUGGAGCACAACCUGGAGGCGGCCAUGCGCAAGGUGCGCUCCGAGAAGGACCGCAAGAUCGGAGGCGAGAUGAGCUACCUGGAGAACAUGAUCAGGGGAAAACAAGCGGAGCGCUACGGUUUGUGCGACAAGCUUGCUCAUGCCCAGAGUCUGAAGGAAGUGGAAGGUGGAUCCACCUCGUUAAACAACGGCUUGGACCUCAAACUGGGUUUCAACUAG